CUUGUGUUUGUAACAUACCCACUAAAAGUGGCAUUAAGUGCUCCCAUUUACAGCGAUUUCAUUUCUUGGGAUUCUUGUAGACAUUUCGUCAAACAUGAUUUGGGCAGCAGAUAUUUCUUAACAAAAACUCUGCCUUUUUCCAUCCUCUCUCUCGACUUUCAUUAACCCAACAACACACACUCAUUCAUACCCCCAAUUUCCAUUUGUAUAUAUACACUUACAUAUACUAAUCUUCACAACUUCCUCACUCUUCCUUUUACCUUUUAUCUACUUCUUUGCCAUUUGUUCAUGCCAUAAGCUGAAGAAACACCAAUUUUUUAGUGAUGUCGAGUUUUGUUCAUUCAACCGCACAGAAUUUGUUGUUGUCUCCCUUUUUAGGCCGGACGAGGACUCUAACCCCGGUUUCCGGCAGAGCCCGUUUCAGUAAUUUCACGUUUCAGAAACCCUUACUGAGGGGCGGCAAUUUUGGGAUCGCCCGGUGCGGUUUGGGUCAGGUUCCAUUUCCUGACCCGGAAAAUGCCGAGUUCUUAAUCAAAGAUUUGCUUGGUAGAGUUGAAGGGCUUCUAUACACAGUUGCUGAUGCUGACGUGACUUCUCCCGACGCUGUUGAUGCAGUUAGUACUACCAAGCAGAAUAGUGAUUGGCUUUCUGGGAUUACGAAUGCCAUGGAACUUGUUUUGAAGGUUCUUAAAGAUGGGCUUUCCACUCUGCACGUUCCCUAUGCUUAUGGUUUUGCUAUCAUUUUACUGACAAUACUUGUUAAGGCUGCCACUUUUCCUUUGACAAAGAAACAGGUGGAAUCAGCAAUGUCCAUGCAGUCUUUGGCACCUCAAAUAAAAGCUAUUCAGGAACGAUAUGCUGGAGAUCAGGAAAGGAUUCAACUUGAAACAGCUCGGUUGUACAAACUAGCUGGUAUAAAUCCAUUGGCAGGAUGUCUUCCUACACUUGCCACUAUCCCCAUAUGGAUUGGGCUUUAUAGAGCUCUUUCUAAUGCAGCCGAUGAGGGAUUGUUAACGGAAGGCUUCUUCUGGAUACCCUCACUAUCUGGUCCGACAACUGUUGCUGCUAGGCAAACUGGUAGUGGUACCACUUGGCUUUUCCCCUUCAUUGAUGGUCAUCCUCCCCUUGGGUGGUCAGAUACUCUGGCAUAUCUUGUCUUGCCUGUUCUUCUGGUUGUCUCUCAAUAUAUCUCUGUACAGAUCAUGCAACCCCCACAGAGUAAUGAUCCGAAUGUCAAGAGUUCUCAAGCCAUAACAAAGUUACUACCACUGAUGAUUGGAUAUUUUGCUCUCUCAGUUCCUUCUGGUUUAAGCCUUUACUGGCUUACAAACAACAUACUGAGUACGGGGCAACAGGUAUGGUUGCGGAAAUUGGGUGGCGCAAAAAAUCCUAAGAAAAUUAUUGAUGACAUUAUAGAGAAAGAGCCAACCCAAACACUAAAGUCCAUUUCCGUAGCACCACCAGCCAAAAAGGUGCUUCAGAAAGAAGAGAAACUGACUCCAGAAGGGCUUCGUCCGGGUGAAAGGUUUAAACAACUGAAGGAGCAAGAAGCUCGAAAGAAAAGGCAAAGAGAGGAAGAGAUGAGGAAAGCUGAGGAGGCAGCAGCUAACAGACCUCAGAUUACCAAUGGCAAAGUAAAUAAAGAAAUCACUCUACUUGAGGGGCAGACUAGUUCUUCUGUAAAUGGUAAUGAUGUCAACUCAGAAUUGAAGGAUGAUGAGAGGUCAUCUGCUGAUAGGGAAGAAACUCCUGAUAUUUUAGAUGAUCGCAAGAAUGAAAGAAGUAAUCUGCAUAUGGACAAAAACAUUGAGAAGGUACUUUCUUUCCAUAUUUUUGUUUGAGUUCUCUUGCUUUUGCUAACAGGUCCAACGAUCAUUUGACUUGGCACCACUGCAUGUUUUAGUUGCAUAAAGUGCUGUCAUCAGGUCUAACUUUUUUUAAUCAAGUAUUUAUCUGAAUAAGAACUAGAAGGGACAAUACUACAGCUUUCUGGCAAAUACCGAGUUGAACUCUGGGAAUUUAUAGUUAUUUCCUCCGUUCAUGAUUGAAAAGGAAAGGUGUGCAUUAAUCAAACUGAGAUAUAGAACUCGAGUCUUCUGUAAAUCUAGUAGUUAUUUUGUGUUUCGUGGGUUGUUCUGUAGUAUGUGAGAGGCUUGCUAAUGAACUUAAGUCAAACUAGCUGCCGGUGCUUCUACACCUUCAUGUUCCUCUGUUCAUUCAGUUGUAAUUUAUUAAGUUGCUAUUAUGCAAUUCGAGUUCAUGUUGAAUGGCUAAUACAGAAGUGAGUUAUGGUCUUAGAAUGGAAAUGUUUUUGAUUUAUUUCUAUUCCAUUUGCUGCUUAGUCAUAUAAGGAGUCGCAGCACGAAAUUCCUUUAUGCAUAUGGUCUUCAAGACUUGCUGAUUUAGGAACCUAUCUAAAGGGGGUUUUGAAGAGGAAGUGGGUAGGGAAAAACCUUCAUGAGAUACAGGGUAGUAUAGCUACCGUUGAAAUGGACAGACCAGUGUCUACUCUAGCGAGUUAGUUUUACUCAGUUCAUUUGCAAGACCGCCACUUUAAACCAUAUGGCCCUUUAGAAAAAAAUGCCCAGAAAAUAUGUUGUGAUUUAAAAAGAUAUACAGGACAGUGUAGGCUAACGCAAUGUAGGGUUAAGUCGAAAUUAUCCACAAUCAAACUAAAUGGCCAUGUUUAUGGCUCUCCCACAGUUCAUAUUGGUAACCCCCCUGUUCUUCUCAUUGUGAUUUUCUGUUUCAUGUUUUGACUAUCCAGGAUUAAGUCUCUUGCUACAUUUGAAAGCGCAAAUAUAUGUCCGAGAAGAAAAUAGAUAGCACGACGGCAACAACUGAGCUAGUGCAGAGAGAGGCUCUCAGUUAUUCUAGAGCAUCUUUUACUUGUUAUGUUUUGCGAUGCCUAGUCACAAUUUGAUCACCGUUGCUGAACAAUGUAUGAGUUUUGGCUGAUACAUUGAAAUGAUGUAAAUUUUAUUAUUAGAGGUGAGAAUGAUAUAGAACUAGUGAAAGAGAGAGCUAGUGACUUUUGUAGCAUCUUAUAUGCAUGUAGCCAUGCAAUAGGAGUUGGGUCAAUUUCGCCCAUAUCAGUGAGCUGAAAAAUUCUUAUUAAUUAUACCCGCUUUCACAGAAACCGCAUAUUAAGAAAGCAUUUCUACAA